UGGACGGUGUCAUAUUGAUGUCAAAAUGAGACUUGCGCAGUACAAAGCUACAACUAAAGGACUUAUCUUAUUAGAAUUAUUAAAGAACAUACGCUGUUUUGCUUUUAAGGCAUAUAGAAACGCAUGCGCUUUCAGCGCCUACUGUGUAUCUGUUAUGUAGUUUCAUGUACCAAAUAUCUUUCUAGAUUUUUUAAUAACCUGUUACUAAUAUACUAGUUAGCCAUAUCAAUUUAGAUAUCGCGUAGCGUAAAACAAAUUACAAGACAUUUAAAUAUAUAAAAAAAUAAACGCAAAUAACAUAUCAGUGUUUUUAAGUGUGUUUUUCUAUCUUCAAGUUUUCUAUGAGGGUUUAAGAGUUAAAGUGAUAGUGCAAGGAUCUGCAUCAACAGUCGUCAAUGCGAAGCGGAGCGUUAGCAGCGAUGGAGGCCGAGCCAGACCUCAGCACCUUCGAGAACAAGUCAGGGCUGGCCGAGGAUAUGAAGUUCCUCGCGUCCAUGCCCGAGCUCUGUGACGUCACGUUCCUCGUAGGAGACACCAGGGAGCCGGUGUGUGCUGUGAAGGCUGUGCUGGCUGCAAGGAGCAGAGUAUUCCAAAAAAUGCUAUACCAAGCGCCGAGUCCUCAAAGGAAGAAAGAGCCUGCCCCUCGGGAGAAUAAGCUGCGGUUGUUCCUGAAGCGAUCCUCAGAACCGCUUCUGAACCUUCAAAAUGCAGCACAACAGAGAUCCGCUUUCGCGCAGCAAUUGGCUCCAAUUCAAGAGCCGUCAUCGCAGCAGCAUCAGACGCUGAUCAUCGAGGAGUUUGAACCUGAUGUGUUCCGUCAGCUCAUUGAAUACAUUCACACUGGGUGUGUUACUCUGCAGCCCAGGACCUUGCUUGGUGUGAUGAAUGCAGCAGACUACUACGGCUUGGACGAGCUCCGCCGCGCGUGCGCUGGUUUUGUCCAGUGCUGCAUCACCGUGGACACGGUGUGCGCUUUGCUGGCAUCUGCUGAGCGUUAUAUCCAGUAUAAGUGCACCAAGUCUUUGGUGCAGAAGGUUCUGGAGUUCGUGGACGAGCAUGGAAACGAGGUUCUCAACUUGGGCUCCUUCACCCUCCUGCCCCAACAUGUCGUCAGGCUUAUCCUCGCCAGGGACGAGCUUAGAGCAGACGAGUUUACUAAGUUUCAGGCGGCCCUCAUGUGGAGCAAGAAGUACUGCGACACGAACCCCAACAUCAACCUGAAGGAAGUAAUCGGGAACUUCCUCGAAUACAUACAGUUCCAUAAGAUCCCGGCCAACGUGCUGAUGCGUGAGGUGCACCCGCUGGGACUGGUGCCCUACUCCAUCAUCAUGAACGCGCUCGCUUAUCAGGCAGACCCGGCCAGCAUAGAUCCAGGCAAGCUGUCCCCGGCGCGGGUCCGGCGCGCGGGACGCUCCAUGUCCGUGCAGUCCUCGCUCGACCCCUACGGGUCCAACACCACCAUCUCCUCCACCGGCUCGAGCGACGUCCCGUCGUCCGACUCUCGGCACAACUAA